UAACCGGCUCUGGAGCUAAGCUGCUGCUGCUGCUGCCUGUCAACAUCACACAGCCCCAGAAGAAGACAUCUGUGUCCGGGAUUUUGUUUUGUUUUUUAAUCAGUUUGUCUCUGACAGUACACGUCCAUGUCCUCCGCCAUGCCCAUGUACCAGGUAAAGCCCAUCAGUGGGGGUGACAUAAAGAUUGAUUUGCCCACCUGCAUGUACAAGUUACCAAAUAUCCACGCGCAGCAAGGGAACAGCUGCACCCCCGAGCACGCGUUUCAGAAUGGCGAGGUGGACCCAGCAGUCAAAGCUCUGGAGGCCCGGCAGGAUGAGAUCAUGCACAAACUGUAUGAGCUGAAAGCAGCUGUGGAGGGCCUGGCCAAGACGGUAACCACGCCAGAUGCAGAUCUGGACCUGACAGUCAGCAGCAGCUUCUCCUCCCAGAGCUCCAGCUCCACAACCCUCAAAGGAACCGCAGACUUGGACACACUACUGGGCAAGGACCUUGGUGCUCUCCGUGACAUCGUCAUAAACGCCAACCCGGCCCAGCCACCUCUGACUUUGCUGGUGCUUCACAGCCUGCUGUGUCAGCGCUAUCGGGUGCUCUCCACUGUCCAUGUCCACUCCUCAGUUACCGGUGUGCCACCACAGCUCAUGUCCUGCCUGGGCCCACGCCACGCAGACAGUUACGCCCGCCAGAUGUUCCAGCUGGGCUUCACCCUCAUAUGGAAAAAUGUCCCCAAACUGCAGAUGAAAUUCAGCGUUCAGAACAUGUGCCCCAUCGAGGGUGAGGCCAACGUUGCACGCUUCCUCUUCAAGCUACUCGCUACCUACCCCUCUGACCCUGCUCUGGCCACGCUGGUGGACAGCUGGGUGGACACUGCUUUCUUCCAGCUGGCAGAGGGCAGUGCCAAGGAGAAGACUGCCGUCCUACGCGCUCUCAACUCUGCUCUGGGCCGCAACCCCUGGCUGGCCGGGCCAGAGUUCUCCCUGGCUGAUAUCGUCUGCUACUGCUGCGUGCUGCAAAGCGGCCCAGCUUCGUCCACUCCCACUAAUGUCCAACGCUGGCUCAAGUCCUGCGAGAACCUGGGCCACUUUGGACCUGCCAAACUACUUCUGCAGUGACCAGGGUUGUCUCUGGACCAGACACCGGAAGGGUGUCUUACCCAAGCAAAGUGAGAGAAGGGCAUUAGAAUAUUAAAAUAUCCAAGCCAUGUCUGGAACGCCUUUUAAUGCUUCCCUCCUUACUGUAGUAUAUCACAGAACUGACUAAGACUCAGUAGAAGCAAUUGGUGGUUGACGGUUAUAGUAAAAUAAGAGUAUUUGUCUCUGCCAUGUUGCUUUUGUAUAACAAAGAGAUUUAAAGGUAACUUCUUGCAAGGGAGGAAGCAUGAGAGGACCGUAAAGACAAGGGCGUGCUAAUGGAUUAAUCAAUGAUACUGACAGAAGCUGUUAGUCUCACACACUGUACACCUUCCACCCACUUUGUGCCUAACAAGAUCCUGUACUAAAUGUGUGUGUUUAUGUGUGGUCACAGGUAUUACCAGGUGUUUUGAGAAGUAAUACUUUGUACCAUUGUUUUACUGAAAUCAUUAAAACAUCCACUUUGGAUCAAUCUUUGAA